AUGGGUGCCCUCCCCCUCCUCCUCCUGCUGCUCAUGGGGGCUACGGCUCAGGACCAGGACCCAGGGCCUUCGCUCACCCCCCCUGACCCCCCCUCUCUCACUGAUGCCCCUCUGGCCCCUCCCACAUCUACAGCCCCGCCCACAUCACCCUCUCUGGUCACGCCCCCCAUCACAACAGCUCCACCCACUCCCUCUCCCCAGGACCCGCCCACACUUGUCCCAGUGGCACCUCCCCCUACAGGAAGCCCUGCCCCCCCAGAGGAAGCCAUGCCAACAGUCGUACCUGCUUCAACUCCAGACCCUCCCCCCCAGGACCCCUCUGGUCUGCCCACUCACGAGCCCUCAGCCCUGCCCCCUGACGACUCAGUCACGCCCCCUGACGACACCUCAGCCCCACAUCCUGACAACCCUGCAGCCACACCCACUGAGACCACGCCCACUGACGACCCGGGUGACGAGUAUGAUGUGGAGACUGAGACAACCACCGAGCCGGACCCCACCUCCCGCUCCACCCCUCAAGAUGAAGAGUCGUCGGAGGAAAUGCCGAUCAUCGUAGUGAUGGUGGCGCUGUCGUCUCUGCUCGUGCUCAUCUUCAUUAUAAUCAUCCUCUACAUGCUUCGGUUUAAGAAGUACAAACAGGCUGGGAGUCACUCGUCGUCCUUCAGAAUGACCAGCGGGCGCUCGGAGGACACGGAGUUGCAGAGUGUUCCGCUAUUGGCUCGUUCGCCCAGCACCAACAGGAAGUACCCGCCUCUUCCUGUGGACAAAUUGGAGGAGGAAAUGAACCGCCGCAUGGCUGACGACAACAAGCUAUUCAGGGAGGAGUUCAAUGCGCUCCCUGUGUGUCCAAUCCAGGCGUCAUGUGACGCUGCAUCUAAAGAGGAAAACAAAGAGAAGAACAGAUACGUUAACAUUCUACCCUAUGAUCACUCCAGAGUUCACCUGUCUCAGCUAGAGGGAGUUCCUGACUCAGACUUCAUUAAUGCCUCCUUCAUCAAUGGCUAUCAAGAGAAGAACAAGUUCAUUGCAGCACAAGGCCCAAAGGAGGAGACUGUGAACGACUUCUGGAGAAUGAUCUGGGAACAAAACACCUCCACAAUUGUCAUGGUGACAAACUUGAAGGAACGAAAAGAGUGUAAAUGUGCCCAGUACUGGCCGGACCAGGGCUGCUGGACGUAUGGAAGCAUCCGAGUCUCUGUGGACGACAUGACGGUGUUGGUGGACUACACCGUCCGCAAGUUCUGCCUCCAGCAGGUAGCUGACGUCUCUGGGAAGAAGCCGCAGCGGCUCUUGACUCAGUUCCACUUCACUUCAUGGCCGGACUUUGGCGUUCCCUUCACUCCAAUUGGAAUGCUCAAGUUCUUGAAAAAAGUGAAGACCUGCAACCCACCGUACGCUGGGCCCAUAGUGGUGCACUGCAGUGCCGGUGUGGGCCGCACUGGGACCUUCAUUGUGAUCGACGCCAUGUUGGACAUGAUGAUGUCAGAGCGGAAGGUCGACGUCUUCGGAUUUGUUACCAGGAUCCGGGCCCAGAGGUGCCAGAUGGUUCAGACAGACAUGCAGUACGUGUUCAUCUUCCAGGCACUUUUAGAACACUAUCUCUACGGCGACACUGAGCUUGAGGUCACGUCUCUGGAGUCACAUCUGUCCAAACUGUACGCGCCAGCUCCGGGUGCGGGCUGUAGCGGCCUGGAUGCAGAGUUUAAGAAGCUGACGUCGAUAAAGAUCCAGAAUGAUAAGAUGCGCACGGGGAACCUGCCGGCUAACAUGAAGAAGAACCGUGUGCUGCAGAUCAUCCCCUAUGAGUUCAACCGUGUGAUCAUUCCGGUGAAAAGAGGAGAGGAAAACACAGACUACGUCAACGCCUCCUUCAUCGACGGUUACAGGCAGAAGGACUCGUACAUGGCCAGCCAGGGCCCUCUGCUCCACACCCUGGAGGACUUCUGGAGGAUGAUCUGGGAGUGGAGGAGCUGCUCCAUCGUGAUGCUGACGGAGCUGGAGGAGAGAGGGCAGGAGAAGUGUGCCCAGUACUGGCCCAGUGAUGGCGCUGUGGUGCACGGAGACAUCUCCAUCGAACUGAAGAGAGAAGAAGAGAGUGAGAGUUACACUGUGAGGGAGCUGCUGGUGACACAUGUACGCGAGAACAAGGCUCGCGCGGUGCGGCAGUUCCAUUUCCAUGGCUGGCCAGAGAUUGGGAUCCCGACCGACGGAAAAGGAAUGAUCAACAUCAUUGCAGCCGUCCAGAAGCAGCAGCAGCAGUCGGGGAACCACCCCAUCACUGUGCACUGCAGUGCGGGCGCCGGGCGCACGGGCACGUUCUGCGCCCUUAGCACCGUCCUGGAGCGUGUCAAAGCAGAGGGAAUCCUGGACGUGUUCCAGACCGUGAAGAGCCUGAGACUACAGAGACCGCACAUGGUCCAGACACUGGAGCAGUAUGAGUUUUGCUACAAAGUGGUUCAGGAGUACAUUGACGCCUUCUCCGACUACGCCAACUUCAAAUAG